UCCCGAUUUUCCGUUCGUGCUUUAACCGUGCGGUGGAUUUUUCGUGCGGCAUUUUAAAUUUAUCAUCAGUGCGAGGAUUAUCUGUGGCUGGCGGCCACAGGUUGGCGCAUGAAUGCUGGUUACUUACGGAUGGCCACUCAACAUUUGAUUGGUUUAGAUUUAUUUACUCAACUGGUUGAAAUUUGCUGCGAUUACAGAAAGUCACUUUAUAAGUCAAAAUUAGAAAUAAAUUUCAACUCUAAAGUUCUUUCAACAACUAUUUUAAAACUGUCCAGGGAUGCAGAAAUACGUAAUAAUAAAUGUUUAAUCUGUUUUAGUCGAAGACAAGCAGUACAAUAACAGUCAAAGAUGCUUUUGGACCGCAACUAAAUGACGAUAACCAGGUAAAUUUACCUGGCACGCCACUGCCAUCGCUAGUCCAAGACAAUGAAGAAUUUCCAGAUCCCACGCCACCUCUGACUCCUAUAACAAAAGAACAGGUUUUGGACCCAGAGAGUUUAUAUUUUAGAGAUGGCCGACGAAAAAUCGAUAUGGUUUUGGUAUAUGAAGAGGAAGAACUUGGUGUAAUGACCGAAGCUGAAGCAAAACGAAGAGAUAAAAGAAAAUCCUUCCAGGAAAAUUUAAUGAAAGAAGGCCUAGAACUGGAACUUGAACACAAAGAUUUAUCAUUUGAUGGUAGAACAUGGUUUCUAAAAGUGCAUUUACCUUGGAAAACGAAAACGAGAUAUGCUGCUCUUAUGGCUAUGAAACUUCCCAUCAAAAGGUUUAUUACCAUAUCCGUAAAAGCCUGGGACGACAAAAAAGAAUCGAGGAAUUCAGAAAGCUUUUAUUUUAGAUGGCAAAAGAAAUGGAAGGAAUUUUUUGAGUUUAACCACGAUUUAAUAAACCAAGAACCAUCAUUUUACGAUGCAACUGAAGGGGGUGGUGAUAGAGAAGAACAAUUUGUUGUAAAAGACAGAGUGACCGAAUAUUCCAGCGCUCAAAGAAGCUUAAUAGUUAUGCAAAUUUUGUUGAGAGUAAAAUUUGAUGACACGGACAAAGUUGGAAUCCGAAGACUUUUAAAUGACUCUACAUACUACGCAUGUUUUCCAUUACACGAAGGGAAAUGGAAUAAAGACACAAGCGAUGGUAAAAUUCUUGACAGAAGGCUUUUAUAUUUGGAAUGGGCAAGACCGUCGAAAUGGAUGAAAAGACAGCCGUUAAAUUUAGUAAGAAAAUAUUUCGGUGACAAAAUAGGUUUAUAUUUUUGCUGGCUGGGAUAUUAUACAAAAAUGCUAUAUGCUCCAGCCUUAGUAGGAACUUUAUGUUUUUUAUAUGGAAUUUUUACUAUCGACGGUGAUGACAAUAUACCAACUAAAGAAAUAUGUGAUUUAAACGGUCCAGGCAACAUAACUUUAUGUCCAAUGUGUGAUAAAGUGUGUAAAUAUCAAAAACUUAUAGAAAGUUGUAAAUUUGCUAGACUAACAUACCUCUUUGAUAAUCCAGCUACUGUCUUCUUUGCCAUUUUCAUGAGUUUAUGGGCCACGGUCUUUUUGGAAAUGUGGAGAAGAAAACAAAGUGUAAUACAGUGGGAAUGGGACCUUCAGGAUACAGAACAAGACGAAGAACCUAGACCAGAAUUCGAAACAAGUGUCAAAACUUUUCGAACAAAUCCUGUAACUAGGGAUAAGGAACCUUAUUUACCAACCUGGACAAGAGUAGGGCGUUUAGCUAUAACAGGUUCUGCUGUAUUUUUUAUGCUAAUUGUGGUGUUAUGUGCAGUUUUAGGAACAAUAAUUUAUAGACUGUCCCUCGUAUCGGUGAUAUAUACAAGUAAAAAUUCAUUUAUGAAAAAACAUGCCAAAAUAGUGACUUCUGUAUCAGCUGCCGUUAUGAAUUUAAUAAUUAUUAUGUUUCUUACUAGGUUUUAUCAUAGACUUGCGAUAUAUUUAACAAACUUAGAAAGUCCACGUACUCAAACCGAAUACGAAAAUUCAUAUACGUUUAAAAUUUUCUUUUUCGAAUUUAUGAACUUUUAUUCGUCUUUGAUAUAUAUCGCAUUUUUUAAGGGUAGAUUUUUUGAUUACCCUGGCGAUGCGGAAUCAAGGCAAUCUGAAUUUUUACGAGUCAAACUAGAUAUCUGUGAUCCAGCUGGUUGUUUAAGUGAAUUAUGUAUUCAACUGGCUAUUAUCAUGAUAGGAAAGCAGAUUUUUAAUAAUUUCGUCGAGCUAUUCAACCCAGCAUUUUACAAUUGGUGGAGGAUGAGAGCUCACAAAUCUAAUACAAAAGACUUAACAAGACCGCACACAAGGUGGGAGGAAGACUACCAUCUUCAAGAUCCAGGCAGAUUAGCUUUGUUCGACGAAUAUUUGGAAAUGAUACUCCAAUAUGGUUUCGUUACACUGUUUGUAGCAGCAUUCCCUUUAGCUCCGUUAUGUGCCUUAUUAAAUAAUAUAGCUGAAAUACGGUUGGACGCUUACAAAAUGGUAACGCAGGCUAGAAGACCUUUGGCGGAAAGGGUUGAGGAUAUUGGAGCUUGGUAUGGUAUUUUGAGAGCUAUAACAUACGCCGCAGUUGUUUCAAAUGGAUUUGUUAUAGCAUAUACAAGCGACUUCAUUCCAAGAAUGGUUUAUCAAUACAAAUAUUCUGAAUCAUUCAAUUUGACUGGUUACAUAGACGCUUCUCUAUCAGUUUUUAAUACGUCCCAUUAUACGGAAGAAAUGAGAGUAGCCGAUGAACCAAACCCUCCACAAACUUGCCAAUAUAGAGGUUAUAGAAAUGGUCCUGAUGAAUCUGAUCCUUACGGAUUGAGUCCACAAUAUUGGCACGUUUUCGCUGCUAGGUUGGCAUUCGUUGUAGUUUUUGAGCAUGUUGUUUUCGCCUUGGUUGGUAUUAUGCAGUACGUUAUUCCAGAUAUACCUUCAGAGUUGAAGACUCAAAUCCAAAGAGAAAGUCUUUUAGCUAAAGAGGCUAAAUAUGAGCAUGGACUAAAAAAGAGCGACUAUGACUAUGAAGAACUAAUGCAAGUCUUCAGAGACAAUAAUAAUGCUUCUAGAAGUGAAAAUAGAGCAGGAUUGAGAGGUUCUUGGGCAAGAAGAUUGAGUCGACUGUCUGACGGUCUAGAAGCUCAUGUUGAAGUGAUAAGCAGGAAAAGAAAUUCACAAGAAAAUACAGUUUGGGAAGCGUCUCAUUGAUAGUUACUGUUAAAUUACAGAUUUAGUUGUAAUUUUUUUUUACUGUGUAU